CAGCGAUACUAUCGCAAGUGACAUCUCUAGCUAGCGUCGCGUUAUUUUGUUUUCUGUUUUGUUUCGUUUCCUUCGUAUUUUAAGUGCUUUUUGUUAAUAAAGUUGAAGAAGAACGUUUAACUUUUGAUAAUUUUGCAAGUGUGUAAGAAUUAAAGCGUCUGUUUCCUACUCCUGUAAGCGCAAAGUCAGUGCAUUCGGUUGUUGUCGGUGUGCAUUUGCCUUGCGCGUGUGUGUGUGUGUGCCUGCCGUGCGCCAGCAGCAACAGGUUUUUAAACUCAUUUCAACGGAGCACCUCAGUUUUCAUUUGUUUUCGGAAUUUCGUCGAGUUCGGUUCGGCUCGCGUGGCUCGCUUUCCUCGGUGCACUUUUCCAGCGGGAAAAUCGAAUUGCAAUUGAAUGCGACUUUGAUGGAAAACGAGCGUGGCCUGCGCAACCCGUUUUAGCUCUUCUACAGCAGGCUCGCAGGUGUGUAACGUCGCUCGUCGUCCAGCCAAUAACAAGUUCAAACCUGGCCAUAUUAUCACAGUUAACAAGUGCGAGUGUGUGUGUGUUUGUGUGUAAGUGCGCGCAAGUGAGGAAAACGCGUUGGCAGUUUUCAUCGCCUCAAAACCAAAAAGUCGCCAUAAAAAUGGAAAGUGUUCGACGCUGAUGAUCAAUGAUCGAUCCCUCAACUUCGUUUCGUCUUGUUUUCGUGCCAAAUAGGCAAACAAACACGGUAAAAAGCUGCCCCGAAACUGCCUUGGAAGCUCAAUGACGAAUGAAUUAACAAAGAGACCCAAGUAAAGAAGCAUUCAAAGGUUAGCUAAUCAUUCCCGCGAAUACGCGAAACAGAAACAAUUUCAAAAGUAUUGAAUAACGAAUCUCGAAUGCAAUGGCAAGACUAAUCGCCAGUGGUUAAGGCGGCUCGGGAACAAUUCGUGAGUGUGAGAGCGUGAUAGAAACUAAGAUAACCGUCACAGAAUGCCAAUAAUCACGGCCACGACAACGACGACAGCCGGCGGAGGAGCAGGUGUGGCGACCAGGGGCGUGACUGCCGCCAAGUCUCCCACCGAUUACCUAUUGCUCCAGCAACAGCCGCCGUCUCUCCACCAGCAGCAGCAGCAGCAGCAGUUGGCGCCUCCAAAUGCUUCCCACCAACACCAGCACUCCCAUCUACAUCCACAUUCACAUCCACAUGCACAUCCUGUUGCUACUCCGACCAGUUUUGCAACAUUUAACGGAAACUCGAAUCUAAAUGCUAGCCUUGCCAACGGAAGCAGCAGAAAAUUCAAUUGCAGCCGCGACAACGUGGACGAAGCCGCCGACGUUGCCGCCGUUUCCCAGACACUGGCCGCCGGCUCCGAUGUGGUUGGUAACGGUAAUGGGGAUAAACUUGCCGGUCUACCACCACCAGGUGGCCACCUUCUUCGCCCUCCGCCGCCGCCGGCUGUCAAGAAAUCUGUCGUAGCCGCCUCAGCAGCUGGGAACUCCGCCUCGCGCGAGGAUGUCGCUUCGCUUAGCGGCACUUCCUCACUGAACAGCCAGAUGUCAGCGCCCAAUCACUUCAUCCCCGGAUUACCGAGCAAUGGCAUCGGCGGCAAUGGAGCCACAGUACCCGGACGAGGUGCUCCACCCAGCAGUAUUUUGAAAGGCAGCAAGGAGAACCUGCUGCAGAACACAUACUACAAUGGCGAGACCGGUGACAGCAGUCUGGGCAGCGAGUGCGGAGUGGGGGAUGUCCAGAAUCAGCACCACGAGAACCAUGACGACCCGGGCGAUGGACUGGGGCCCCUGCCGCCCAAAUGGGAGACUGCCUACACGGAUCGCGGCGAGCUCUACUUCAUCGAUCACAACACCGGAACCUCCCACUGGCUGGACCCAAGGCUUUCCAAGUACCAGAAAAAGUCGCUGGAGGAUUGCUGCGAGGAUGAGCUUCCCUAUGGCUGGGAAAAGAUAGAGGACUCAAUGUAUGGGAUGUACUUCAUCGACCAUGUGAACCGUAGGACGCAGUAUGAAAACCCAGUGCUGGAAGCUAAGCGAAGAGCUGCGGAACAGCGCCAGCAGCAACAACAACAGCAGCAGCAGCAUCAGCACCAACAACAGCUGGUGCAAGAACAGCGCUCAAAGACACCCAAUAUACUGCCAGAAACCAUACCCUUAGAGGCGGCUGUGGAGCAGGAGGAGGAGGACGAAGGGGUGCUCCCUGUGAAGCUGCCCUACAAGUUUACCCGCAACCCAGCCGAGCUUCAGGGUCAGCGCAUUAACACCACUCUGGUCAAGUCAUCUCGUGGCCUGGGCUUCACCAUCGUCGGCAGUGACGGUACCUCUGGCGGGGAUGUGGAGGAGUUUCUGCAAAUCAAGACAGUGGUGCCCAAUGGUCCGGCCUGGCUGGACGGACAGCUGCAAACGGGCGAUGUGCUGGUCUAUGUCAAUGACACCUGUGUGCUCGGCUACACGCACCACGAUAUGGUCAAUAUUUUUCAGUCAAUUAUGCCCGGGGAAAGGGCAGCCCUCGAGGUGUGUCGAGGCUACCCAUUGCCAUUCGAUCCAAAUGAUCCCAACAAUGAGGUGGUGACCACCAUGGCAGUGGACGGGCGCGAGUCGGACAAGCAACGCCGCCUCAACAUGGAUGGCAACUACAACUUCCUGGACUUGUCCGGCGACAAAGCCAGUGGCGCAGGCAGCGGCUUCAUCCUGAUGAAAAAGCCCGAGCUCUAUACAUUCUCCAUUAUGAAGGGCGCCAUGGGCUUUGGGUUCACCAUCGCAGACUCCGCCUGCGGUCAGAUUGUGAAGAAGAUCCUAGACCGAAAUUGCUGCACUCAACUGAUGGAGGGCGAUGUUCUCCUGGAGAUCAAUGGCUUGAAUGUGCGCAGCAAGCCGCACUUUUACGUCGUGGAGCUACUCAAGGAGUGCAGCCUUACGACGCCCACUGUCGUUAAGAUCCAGCGGACUCCACCCGAUCAGCCGUCCAGCAAUACGCUCACCCAACUCAGCCAGGUGGGGAAUGUGGCCAAGCUGCGCAAGAACUUUGUAGGCAGCGGCCUCUUUCGCAGCAAGACGCCCACGGCGGACCUGUAUAGCACCCAGGUGAAGGAGGUGCUGCCCAUGCGCCCGAAGACUCCACUGGUGGACACGAGAAGGGCACGAGUACAGACGCCCAGCAAUGAGGUGGACGGCGAGGCUGGAGGCGACGCUGUAACCAGGAGCGAAACGGAGGCGCGAAAACCGCUGCAAUUGCAUUCGCAGGGCAAGUCAAACAAUAGUCUGCAGGAGCUGGACGACAUACCCUACAUGGACCCCUAUCCCAAGAUGGUCAGUCGUCUGAGCGAGCGUCUGGCGGAGGCCACUCUUCAGGGAGAUGCUAAUGGUGGCAUAUACGGACUGCCACCCAGCAUGCAACCACUUCCUUUGCCGCUGGUACACCACGAGUCCUGCUACUGCUACGACUGCCAGGCGCAGCGCUAUCGCCCCGGCUACUAUGUUCAGGCGCAGCAGGCCGCGAUGUCGGCCACCGGCAGUGGUCAAUACUCUCCGCUGCAGACGGCGCACCUCCAGAACGAGCGUAUCCAGCGGCGGGUUAAUGAGCUGCUCAGUGAUAGAAGGCGCGUUGGCUUUGCCAACCUCGAUCCUCCCCACCAGCAGCAGCCGCAGAUUCAGCACUCGCCAAGCUGGCGCAACGGAGCUCUGUUGGACGCUUCUGAGGACGCGGACCGUUGUGAGCUCACCGAGGUGACGCUGGAGCGCCAGGCUCUGGGCUUUGGCUUCCGUAUUGUUGGCGGCACCGAGGAGGGCUCCCAGGUCACUGUGGGCCACAUAGUGCCCGGCGGAGCUGCGGAUCAGGACCAGCGCAUAGCCACCGGCGACGAGAUUCUCAGCAUCGACGGCAUUAAUGUGCUUAACUCUUCGCACCACAAGGUAGUAUCCUUGGUGGGCGAGUCUGCACUGCGGGGCCAGGUUACCAUGAUACUGCGCCGACGCCGAGCUUCGCUUCUGCAGCAAGCUCUGCCCUUGAGCUCUCAGCAGCGACCUUAUCCCUACGAUGUGAUUGUGAGCCGGCAUGAAAACGAGGGAUUCGGUUUUGUUAUAAUUUCGUCAUCGAACCACUACUACGGCUCGACCAUAGGAAAACUAAUACCCGGCAGUCCGGCGGAUCGCUGUGGUGAGCUGAAAGUGGGCGAUCGCAUUGUGGCAGUCAACCGGAUCGAAAUUGCCGGAAUGUCGCAUGGCGACGUGGUGAAUCUCAUUAAGGAGUCCGGUCUCCAUGUGCGCCUUACCAUUGGAUGUCCGCUUAAAGAGGGUGGACCUAGUCCCGGCGGCAGUAGCGCCGGUCUGGGCAGCAACACACCGCUCCAGCCGUCGCCCAGUCUGAUGAAGGCACCACCACCUGCUCUCUCCCACCAGCAGCAACCGCAACUUCACCACCACCACCAGCAGCAGCAAUUAGAGAUGCCGAUGUCUAUGCCCAUGCCCAAUCAUGGCAGCUACUUGGAGCGACCCAGCAACAAUAUCGCGGCCACUCUGGCCCUGCACCAGCAGCAGCCGCAGUUAUGACUCUGAGACCUACGGAUUCGGCUCUACAAGAGCUUUCUCUAGUGUUAGAUCGAUAGUAGGCCCCAAGUUUUAGUUAAGUUCUAGUUAAGUAACCCCAAAGACUGAAUUUAUUAGCAUUUGUAGGUGGAUAAUGCGAGUCUCGAGCGUUUCGUCCGUGCGUGCGCCCUUUAAACCAGUUUUAUUAGAUCCCAUUUAGUGGCAUAGGAUAGAUAGGUUAUAAGCUCAACAGUAAGGGAAUUCCGCCAGUUUUUGUAAAAUACAACCUAAAUUAUACUGUACAAAUGUAAAGGACUUCAAUAUUUUAUCAUUUUUUGUGUUACUCUGGAUAUUAUAUAUAACCUUAUAAAUAUACGCAAUACACAGUCAACCUGUUGAGCUUCAAUUGA